UCAGAGACUCACCAGCGUCCUCCAGCAGUCCACAUUUGACAGCCGGGUCACCUUAGGACAAGGACAUCAAAAUCAUGGUUUUCGAGGAGAAAAUGAUCAUGAAUGGAGAGCCUGAGGUUGAGGAAGAAGAAGAGGAGGAGGAAGAAGAUAUGGUGGAUCCUCUUGAAACGAUGAGACAGAAGUGUGUAGAGACAGAGCACUGCGUCCACACUCAGGCGCGUCUGGAGGAGUGUGAGACAAGAGUUGGCUCUCGGUCAACAGAGGAGGAUUGUACCGAGGAGCUCUUUGACUUUCUCCACGCUCGGGACCACUGUGUGGCACACAAACUGUUUCAUUCUGUCAAAUAAAAUCCAUCCUGAUUGCUGCACCACUGGCUGAUGACAUUCUUCAAAUAAAAUAUUAUGAGGAGAAUAUGGUUUUAAAUACAUCCAUAUGUGGAUCUGCUGUAUGUUGUAACUAAGUGUAAUACUAUAUCUGCUCAUGUGAAGAAAUCAAAGUAUUUAAAAAGGUAAUCUGAGUACACAUUUAUUAAAGUGAAUGGCUUGAACACCUUA